AUGCCUCUCGCGACGAUCCAUCUCGUUUCCCUCUCCCCUUCAACUGCCCUACCCGAGUUCCUCAGCAGUGUCAAGAACUCGUCUCUGCAACCGCUGGUAAUCUCCAAAGUGAUUCGCUGGAUCAUCAGACCGACCAAGAUCGAUGCCGACCCGCUCCUCCACCCGAAAAAGCCAUGGGAUGUGCUCCUCAUGGUCCUGGGCGCUGAUGCCCUGCCCCCAUCUGUGAAGGAGAAGAUAGUGUGCCACUGGACAUGCUCGACGGGAAUCCCCAGCCGCUUGACCAACGACUUUGCUCAGAGGAACGAUAAACUGCUGCACCCGCCCGCCUCGGAGGUCCCAGCACUGACCGGGUCGCUGGACAAGCCACGGCUGGGGACUUCGUCCCAGACGCUCGAACUCAGCACGGACCUGCAGUCGUGGAUCCAACAGUUCUCACACACCACGGCGGGCAAGUCGCCCUUGUCCAUGCUCAACCUGCUAGCCUUCAAGCAGGGCAUGAAGCCGUCCUACCUAAAAUACGGCGCCGCCUUCGCCGAGUCCAUCGGCGCCCGUCGCGGCGGCAACGCCAAGUUGGUCGGCAACAUCACGCACCAGACUCCACCCGAACAGUCCGGCGGCAAGUGGGACGAAUUCGCUCUCGCGAGCUAUCCCUCGAUACUGCACUUCGGCGACAUGUUGGCCUCGGAAGACUACCAGGCCGUGAACUUGAAGUACCGGGUCCCGGCGUUGGAAGAUACGUUUAUCCUGUGUACGAGUGAGAUUGAGAUUGAGGAUCUCGUCCAGGGUCAGGCGAAGCAGGGCAUUGGGAGGAGAGCCAUGGGUGGGAAGUUGUGA